AUGGAAUAUUUAAAAAAGACUUUAUUUGUUUCAGAGAAAAAUAAGUUAUGGAUGAAAAAAGAGCGUCAGUAUAAAAAGAACCGUUCGAGGAAUUAUAUAAGAUAUAGAUCUCUAACUAUAUCUUUACUCAUUUUUGUUUACUUGAUAUUUGAGUUGAGAUAUGAUAAUUCUGGUGAGAAUACUUAUAAUAGUAAUGAUUCAAUUGUGAAGAAUAGAAAUAAGAGAAUUUUAUCCGAAUCUUUUUCUGAUUUUCAUGAAUACGAUAAUGAUGGCUUAACUGUAGAAGAGUCUGAUGAUUCUUCUAUUGACAUUUUAGAAGACUUUAGCAUAAGUCCUGAUACAGUAAAUAAUUAUGAUGAUGAUAGUAUAGAUGAAAAUGUUGAUUUAAUGUCUUUUAUAGAAAUAACAGAAGUAUUAAGUGAUGGUCAAAAGACACCACCCGAAAGUAAUGUUGAUUAUGUUGUAACUGAAGUUGAUGAUAUUAUUGAUGAAGAAGAAGAUAAGAAACUUAAGGAAGAAUAUGAAAGAAUAUUAUGGAAAAGACGUGGAAUUUCAGCAAGUCAUCAAUAUCAUAUAUUAACAAGUAGUUCUAAUGAGAUUACUUUAAAAAAUCUAAUAAACGAAAAAGCAUUAGAUCAUAUUGAAUUAUUACAUAAUGAAACAGAUUCUGAUUCAUAUAAUGUAUUAACAGAAGAAGAUAUACAAAAUGUUAAUUCUUCAUAUAAUAAUGAAAAAUAUAAUAAUAAUCAUCAUAAUAAUAAAGGAUCAACAAGUGCGAACCUUGUUAAUACAUAUGAAUUACCUAAUGGAGAAUUUCCUAAUAAUUCUUAUGGAUUAAAUGAUGCUGAUAUAGUAAAUAUGAACUUAUUAUUUAAUAGAAGUGGGUAUAGUUCACUUGAGAAUAUAGAAGAAAAGGUAGAAAAAAUAAAUGAAGAUUGUAAUAAUUCUUCUAAUUCAAAUUCAGAAUGUGUAGAAAUAUCAUGUCAAGAAUCAUUAAAUGAAUUAUCACAUACGUCUAAUACUACUAUAGAUACAUUAGAAUAUGAUAAUCCAAGUAUAUUUGAAAUAAAUGAACAAGAUGAAGAAGAAUUUGAAAGGAUGUUACAUAAUUUAAAAAAUAAUGGAACACUUGGAAACACAUGUACAGUAUGGAAUAAAUUUUGUUCUAAUGAAAAUAAGAAAUUUUAUAAAAUGCAAAUGAACUUAUGGCAUUUUUGUGAAAUAUUAGCAUUUGAAUAUAAUGUACCUCAAAGUACUUUAGCAAAAGAAUGGAAAAAGAUUGUUACUUAUACAAAUGAAGAAUUAAUUCAAAAAAAUUUAACUGACUUUUCGGAUUUUAAUAAUUUAGUAUUUGAUAAAAUAUAUGAUACACUGGAUUUUAUAAAUUUCAUAAUUCAUAAAAGAGAAUCAUGGAAACAAUUUAUAGAAAGUGAAGAAAGUAUAUGGAAAAACACACUAGAACGAAAUUUUGAAAAUUAUAUAAGAUGA